AAUAGAUUGGAAAGUCUUCAGCAGGCUUUUCUCGAAAAUAAUAAUAAACCCUUUAGUAAGAGGUCAGUUAUUAUGUUUAGAGAUUUCAGCCAGCUCCCGCCUGUACUUGAUCUCCUGAUGUACACAAAAGUUUUACGAGAUUCACUUUCUAACAAUGGUCUUGCCGCAUACAUCCUAUUUAAGGAGGUGUAUAAGCUUGAUGUUGUUCAACGCCAAUUCAGAAAUUCUCAAGAGCAACAAGACUUUAGAUUUCUCCUCUUAAGAUUGCGCGAUAGAGAGUCUACUUUAGCUGACUGGAGGACUCUUACCACAUGA